GGGUGGGGAUCAAGAGUGCCAUUGGUUUUGCACAUCCAGAGCCUGGCGGACAUGCUAAUGUCAUUCUAAAUAAUUGCAUUGUCCUUAAUGUUUUAACAUUGGAAAAUUUUGUUUCUUAAAUCUUUUUGUAGAUAUCCGGUUGUGAUUGGAUGCACAAGGCAUUAAAAGGUACAGAAUCCUAUGAUGUGUGCCAGUUCUUAUCCUGUGGGCUCAGUACAUUUAUGAUGUUUCAUGGCAAAAAUAAUUGUACUUUUAAAAAGAUCUUUCGUUUUGCAUAUUGUUCUCUGUCACCUAAAAUGGAAAGCUCAUCUCGUGAAAUUGUUUUUUUCCUCAAUGGAUUGAACGACACAAAAUCAAACAAGCUAAUUUAUUUUUCCUGUUCAUUUCUCAUCUACUUGUUUACAAUUUUUGUGAAUUUGACUCUGGUUGUGACUGUUAUGCUGGACAGAGUUCUGCAUGAGCCCAUGUACAUCUUCCUGUGUAAUCUGUGUGUCAAUGGGAUUUAUGGUGCUACAGGUUUCUACCCCAAGUUUCUCCUGGACCUCCUAUCAGACUCUCACAUUAUCUCAUACAGCGCAUGUAUAACUCAACUUUUUACAGUCUACACAUAUAUUUUAUGUCAGUUUACCAAUCUGACAGUAAUGGCUUUUGACAGGUAUGUCGCAAUAUGUAAACCAUUGGAGUAUCACUCCAUUAUGACCCCUGGGAAGGUGGGGAAAUUGCUGCUGGUUCCCUGGCUGUUACCCUUUUGUGAGAUAAUAAUUGGGUAUAUUUUGAUGGCCAGGCUGCCUUUCUGUGGGUUCAAAAUUGAUAAGCUUUAUUGCACCAACUGGGAUGUGGUGAAGCUCUCCUGCAUAGACACCAGUGUGAAUAAUCUAUAUGGAUAUGUAAUAGUCAUUAUUCAGUUCAUCCAAGCACUGCUGAUUGUAAUCUCCUACUUCCACAUCAUCAGGACAUGUUUGCGAUCGAAAGCAGAACAGAACAAGUUUAUGGAGACCUGCCUGCCGCAUGUGAUCACUCUGACUACCUUCUAUCUAUCUGCUGCGUUUGAUGUCUUAUAUGCCCGUUAUGGAUCCAGCAGCAGCCUGCAGGGUCUCCGUAACUUCUUCUCCAUAGAGUAUCUGAUCAUCCCUCCCCUGCUGGACCCCCUCAUUUACGGCCUCAAGCUGAAGCAGAUUCGUCGGAGCGUCUGGAGGCUGCUCAGCAGGAAAGUCAGUGCGCUGAUGUAG